UUAUAUACAGAUACAUAAGUAUAUAUAUAAUACACACAUAUAAACACACACAUAUAUACACAUAUAGUGAUUAUCAGUGUCUUAUAUACUUGUUAGAUGUUAUGGUUAAAUUAAUAAUUAGACUUCUAAAUACUAAUAAUUACUAUAUAUAUGUGUGUGUGUAUAUAUAUGUAUGUUGUUGUUCUUAGGUGCCAUCGCAUUGCUUCCAACUCAGCAACCCUGUGUACAACAGAAUGAAACACUGUUCCAGAAAGCUGAUUCUGAUCUGGAUUGCAUUCUGUACAGGCUGGAAUAUGAAAUCAAGAACAAUCAUCCUGAUUCAGCUGGCGUGAAAAAUCCUGUUACACUCUUGAAGGAACUAUCGGCGAUAAAGUCUCGAUAUCAGACUUUGCAUACACGCUUUAAACCAAUUGCUGUUGAACAGAAAGAGACUAAGGGCCACAUUUGUGUUAUUUUGAAUAAGACUAUGACCAUGAUACAAGAACUACAAAAGCUAACAGACAUGGAGUUGUCACCACUAACUGAAGAAGAGAAAACUGCGGAAAAGCAAUUAAAAUCUCACAUGCCAGACUUAUGAAGACAUGGACUUGGAAAAGGGAGCUCUAACAGAGAUGAGAUCAAUUCCAGAGAAAUUUAGGAAAUGCCUUGUUAACAUUUGCUGAUUAGAGGUGGGGGGCUGGUGAGGUUUGGGGUGGAUGACUGGAUAGUGAUGCCUUUCACAAUGGGGGGAAUGUAAGAAGAAAGGCAGAUAGUAUAUGAAUAAAGUUCAGCCAAAAAGAUGGAAGAGGAAUAAAGGGAUUUAAAAAUAUAUUCCCACUUAGUCUUGUGAUUUCAGGCAAGAAAAUCUCUUUAAACUAUUUUGCAUCUGUUUUCUUUUUGCAUGAUUGAGAUGUAUAACGUAUAAUGGCCUAUUGUAAAAGAAUGUUUUAUGUACUAUCAGUCAAAAUGUGAAUGAGAAUGCUUUCAAAAUAAAAGACAAAAUAUUUGUAUUAUGUUAUCUAUCAUAUAUAUGUUAUCUAUACGUAUAUGUUUUCAUUUUUUAAAAUGUUGAUUGCAGAUGUGGUUACAUUAUGGUGAGACUGCUAAUACCCAAUAUAUGACCUGUAGUCUCCCACAAAUCUAACUAAUAUAAUAAGCUUACUCCUCUGUGACAGCCUCACUUUUGUUUAUUCUUUUCCUAUUCCUUCCACCUGCUACUGUUGAGUGGCAUGAGCUGUUUUCAAAUGCCACCUUUGUUGUCCUUCAUCCUAUAUUACUGUAAUAUAUGAAAGCUAAUAAUAUAUGGUAAAUGGUAAAGAAAUUGAAGUUGUCAAGGAUUUCACUCUUCUCAGAUCAACAAUCAAUGCUCAUGGAAGCAGCAGUCAAGAAAUCAAACGAUGUAUUACAUGGGUAAAUCUGCAAACGUCUUCUUUAAAGUGUUAAAAAGCAAAGAUGUCAUUUUGAUGACUAAGGUAUGCCUGGUGCAAGCCGUAGUAUUUUUUUUUCUUCUAAAUUUUAUUUAUUUUGUUG